CCUUUAGGUCCUGAUCACUUUAGUUCCAAGAGUCUCGCUCUGCAAGCCCAGAAGAAGAUUUUGAGCAAGAUGGCAAGCAAGACGAUGGCCAACAUGCUGAUUGACGACACCAGCAGCGAAAUCUUCGACGAGCUGUACAAAGUGACCAUCGAGCACAUGAAAAGCAAGAAAGAAGCCCACAAAAUUAUGAAAGACUUGAUCAAAGUCGCCAUCAAGAUUGGGAUUCUCUACCGAAACAACCAAUUCAAUGCGGACGAGCUGGAGAUCGUUGAGAAAUUCCGCAAGAAGCUGAAUCAGGCAGCCAUGACAUUGGUCAGUUUUUACGAAGUGGACUUCACCUUUGAUAAGAAUGUUCUUUCGGGACUGUUGAACGAGUGCAAGGAUCUCGUCCACGAACUUGUAGAGCGGCACCUGACAGCCAGGUCUCACGCACGGAUCAACCAUGUCUUUGAUCACUUUGCAGCCGUUGAAUUCCUCACGUCUCUCUACAACCUGGAUGGUGAAGGCCGCCCCCACCUCAAAAAGAUUUGCGAUGGGAUCAACAAACUACUUGACGAGAAGAUCCUCUGA